AUUGAGUUCAGUGGUCUGGCCAACAGGCCCCUAAAAAUGGCGAAUUUGGCGGCUAAAAUAUAAAGGCCCUCUGUGUAGAGGGCAUGUUUCUCUCAUGCUCCAGUAUAUGAAUAUGACGUGUCAGAUGUGACGUGACAGAUGUGACUACGUGUUUCUUCAUUUUUCUUGUUAAUAGAAAAAUUAUAGAAUGCCUUAUUGCUGCGUAAAGAAUUGUUCCAAUUCUUGGAAAAAGGGUUACUCAUUUCAUUAUAUCCCAAAAGAUCCAGAAAGAAGACAAAAAUGGAUUGAAAACAUUGCUCGACCUGAUUUAGAUGAAUCAAAAAAUCAUUUUGUGUGUGAAGUACAUUUUUUGCCUGAAAUGUGGGAAAAACCACGUAUUGAUGGUAAAAAGAAGUUAAAACAUAAUGCAGUCCCAACGAUUCAUAUAUGGAAUAAAGAUGAAAUAGUUCCUGCUUUAUCAAAUACUGAAAAUACCACUACAUUAAAGGAGAACAAUGAAGUAGACAAUGCAAAACACUUGUCUAUUAAUAAUUUGACAGAGGAAGACGCAUUCAAAGAGAACAAGGAACCAGAAUGUAUAAAUGAUCAAUCAGAUGAGCCAAUAAAUACACCAUUGUUAGUCCAACAAACGGAAAUAAAUACGGCUAUAAAUGUUCAAUCAGAUGAGCCAAUAUAUACACCAUUGUUAGUCCAACAAACGGAAAUAAAUACGGCUAUAAAUGUUCAAUCAGAUGAGCCAAUAUAUACACCAUUGUUAGUCCAACAAACGGAAAUAAAUACGGCUGUAAAUGUUCAAUCAAAUGAGCCAAUAUAUACACCAUUGUUAGUACAACCAAUGGAAAUAAAUACGGCUAUAAAUGUUCAAUUAGAUGAGCCAAUAUAUACACCAUUGUUAGUCCAACAAAUGGAAAUAAAUACGGCUAUAAAUGUUCAAUCAGAUGAGCCAAUAAAUACACCAUUGUUAAGCCUGCCGCAGACGAUAUGUUUUUUCUUACCGGAUUUCUAAUUGGAUUUUCUUACUUGCUACCGUACGGACAAUGGUACUGGCAGUGCUACUGGCCGUGGCUUCACACGGUGUGAGUUUUCGUACGGGCUGAGCAACUGAAAUUUGUUUCAUAGAAGCGGCUUAAAUA